AUGCGCAUGAAUUUGCACCUAUCCCGCUCAAACCACCUGCUAACAUGGCGCAUUCUCAAGGCACUCACUCCACCGAGCAACAUCACGGCUGCUCGUAUCAUCAAUAUCCUCCGCAGCCACCUCUCUGAAGAGAAGGUGUCGGCCAAAGAGGAGGUACCGGCACUGCUGAUGGAGGAGGAACUUGAGCGAUCUCAGUGGGAAGUAGUAACGAGGGAAGAACCGGUUCAUCUCCCAAAACCAACAUACGACCGGGAAUCCAUUUCAAAAUAUCUCGACAAAAAUAAAAAGGACCUCAUAUACAAUCCCAAAGAUGUGGCAGACCUCAUGAACGAUGCCAAAGAUGAUUCGACAGACAUCUUGAAAAAUGCCAAAGAUAUCACCCAAACUGAUUCAGCCACUAUGGCAACCAUUCCAUUCGAUCCGAACGAGUUUGAGGGACAAGAAGAGUGGAAGAAAGAGCCAAGUUGGUUUGGAUAUCAAAAGGCAAAGCGCGCCUUGCGCCACUCUAUCAUAGAAUAUAGGAAAAAUCCCCCAUCGGAGAAUGUGUAUAUCGGGAAUCUAUUCUACGAUAUCACUGCCGAGGAUUUACGGACAAAAAUGGAGCAGUUUGGAACGGUGAUGCAUACGAGUAUUGUUCAUGAUAACCGGGGAAUUAGUAAAGGAUUUGGCUAUGUCCAAUUUGCAACGAUUGAAGAAGCCACAAAAGCCGUUGAAGAAUUCAACCAGAAAACACUAGGCGGUCGACAAGUUGUUGUAGACUACGCUCGCAAUUUUAUCUCACGCUCCCCAAUUGACAGCCAACCCAGCAACACGCUUCAUAUCGGUGGCAUGGCCUACGAGCUUACAGAUCGUGAUAUCCAGGCGUUGUUUGAAGAUGUUCCAAAUAUCAUCGAUGUCCGGAUUCCCGUUGAUCGACGCUCAGGUAUACCGCGUGGGUUUGCGCAUGUUGAGUUUGAUACAACAUUGAAUGCGGCCCGGGGAAUGGAGAUUUUGAAACGAAAGACACCAUAUGGCCGUCCUAUCAAAGUUUCCUUCUCGACUCAGAAGACCGUGGGCUGGCGAGCGUGGAAUAGGGACGUGGAAUCUUCGGAAGAAAUUAUUUAG